CUCCCCUGCCUACCAUCUGUUUCCUCCACCCCCUUACCAAUCCGACACCCUCCAAUCAGCACUCUCCACCCCCCAUAUUAUCCUUCCCACGGCCCACAGAUCAACCCAACUUCCCCCAAUUCUUAUUACUAGAAAACCACCUUCCAAACUCCCUAUUUCACCCAUGGCAUCCCUCAACCAUUGGUUUUCAUUGGCCUUGAACCCAAGAAGCAUAAUUAGAACCUAAACCUAUGACAAGGUGAGCCUAUGGAAGAAUAUGAGAAUCAAAGAGAGCAUGCUGCAACAGAAAUCAAGAAAAAUGUGGCUGAAAGAAGGGGCUGCAAACACAAAAUUUUUCCACAGAAGUGUGAAGGGCAGAUGGAGAAGAAAUGAAAUUAAUAGCAUCCAAAUCAAUGGGGAGCAAUAUAGAGGUGUGGCAGAAAUCAGAGAGGGGGUGUUAAGGUAUUUUAAGGGGCUGUUUACAGAAGAAAAGUGGCAAAGACCAAAGCUUGAUGGAAUAAACUUUAGGCAACUUGAUGAUAAGGACAAUGAUCUCCUGAUGGCAAAAUUCACUGAAGAAGAUAUUCAAAAUGAAGUAUGGGAUUGUGACUCGACAAAGUCUCCGGGUCCGGAUGGUUUCAACUUCAGGUUCAUAAAGACAAUGUGGGAGGAAAUAAAGCAGGAUGUCAUAGGAUUCGUGCAGGAAUUUCAUGAGCAUGGCAAAUUAGUAAGAGGCUCAAACUCCUCCUUCAUUACUUUAAUCCCGAAGGUCGAAAACCCCCAAAGAAUCGAGGAGUACAGACCAAUAUCACUCAUCGAAGCAAUGUAUAAGAUCCUUGCAAAGCUGUUAGCAAAUUGCCUCAGGAAAGUACUUGACAAGAUCAUAGGGGAGCAGCAGAUGGCGUUUAUAGAAGGCAGAUAGCUGAUGGACGGAGUGGUGAUUGCAAAUGAGGUAAUAGACGAAGCGAAAAGGAGGAGAAUAAAGAGCUUUUUAUUCA